AGGCCUGUCAACUUUUAAGGUACUCUACUCUCGCUCUUUGUGGUAAAGAAGCGUCUCAGUUAAGACAUCCAGGAAAAAUUUACUUUCAAGGCAAUGACCUUGCCUUCUGCAUGAGAACUUCUUUCCAACAUCUAGUAUAUUUUGUGAUUUGUGUUGUUUUUAGUUGUCAUAUAUAUUUCUAUUAACAUAAAGCUAUUGUUGGUAAAACUGACAGACAACAGAUCUUUUAAAAAGUAGGGUAAGAAAUGUCCUUUAUUAUAUGUGCAGGCAACCAGCAGACUAUAAAUUGAUUAUAAAAUCAAAUUUCAAUGCCACGAUUUAUUUAUUUAUUUUUGUCAGUAAUUAUUUGUACAUAAUCAACUACAGUGCCACAAGAAAGUAUCAUUUUAUGCUUUUCCAUAUUUUAUUGCAUUAGAUUUGUCUUAAAACUGAUUUGAGUGUAGUUUUUUUUUUUAAAUACCUUACUAUAUUUAGUUUAGUUAUAGUUUUCUAUAAAAAUGUUAAAACACAUUUUCCGACAAUUUUGUAAGUAAGAAAAGAAAACAAACAAAUAUAGUAGGUGCAUAAGUAUUCACUACAUCGGAUCACAACUGAUGAGCGGCAGUAACAUUUGAUGAAUGUUGUGGCUGAACGUGAUUGCUAGUAGAACACAUUUGUCCAUACAAGGUCCUACAGUUGACAGAGCAGAGCAAAAACCAAGCAGUGAAGUCAAAGGAGUUUUCUGUAAGACCCCCAAAGACUGGAUUCUAUUAAAACACAAAAACUGGCACGCAUCACCACCGUCAUUUUUUAGUAAUGCAUCCACGGAAGCCUUGUCCAGGACCUUUCAUAGAUUUGGCCCCCCGACCCGAUACUCUGAACCUCAGACAAAGGUAAAAAAAGCAAAUCUUCCAGCAAAACAAUGACACAAAGCACACAGUCAAAAUACCAAGGAAGGAGCGUCGGUGGGGGGGAACUGUGAAUGUUCUCGAGUCACCCAGACAGAACCCGGACUUGAAUCCAGCUGAAUAUUUCUUGAAAUACCUGAAAAUGACUGCCGACCAACACGACCCAUCCAACCUGACUCAGCCUGAGAGGACAUAUGCAUUAAAAACGUGGUGGAAAUACUCCCAAAACAGUGGUACCGUGCUUAUGUACUUACUAUAUUAAAAUGAAUGUUUUAUGAAUAUGCAAAAUGUCUGAAAAAAUGUUGUCACUAUGUUGCAAUGGACUAUAUUGAGCAGGUUAAAAAGGGGAACUAAACUCAUAUUGGUUUUAAAAUGAAGCUGUAGUCAAAUGUGGAACAGACAAGCUGUUGUGAAUAUUUUCCGGUGGCACUGUAACAGAUGAAAAUAACAGCCUUACAAGUUAUGAAUAAAUAACAUUUAAAACAUUUUGGAUUGAUUAGUGACGUGAUGUAAAAUAUAUAUAUAUAUAUAUAUACUGUAUAUAUAUAUUAUUUUAUUGCUGUCAACAAAAUAAACUGUCAAUAAAUUAAUUUUAAAAGCCUUCCAUUAUGUGAAUAGACGGUAUGUGAUUGAUUUUGUCUUUCUGCUUUCUGUUUUUUUUUUUUUUUUUUGUGUGUUGAACUGUAAGAAAAUAAAUGUCUGCAGUUAAGACGCGUUUAGCUUGGAUUCGGUUAUUUUGGUUGUUUUUGGGUGAGGCUGUUUUAGCUCCAAAACUGCUUAUUCUGCACAUGAAAUGAGUCACUUACAGUCAGAGCUGUCGAGGACAGACCUGCCCUUCUCACUCUGAAGGCUGGCAUAGCGUGUAUAGCAGGUGUGCUGCCAUACACAGACCUUCCUUGUAAAUCAUUCUGUGUUACAACAAAUUAUUAUUAUUCUCUGUGUUAACGUUUGUCCUUUUCAGAGAGAUAAACAUGAACUGUGCCUGACAAACUUUCCCCGAGAUAAAGCAGAACUAUGAAAAUCAACAGGAAACCAGUCACAUCAGAGCACACGUUGCAUGAACUCGUGAGCAAGCCCCAACUAUCGCACUUUAAAGCAGACUUUCUCACAGAACACUUAUAUUUGUGUGUAUAGUUUAUCUGGGUGUGUACUUAGAAGCUUAGAAGGUAAAUAACUUCACUGUUAUAAUCUACUGUAUAUUGUUUGCAUGCGCAUACUAUUGCUGAACCGGUGUGAACUCACACUCUUUUUUUGUAUUAGUUAAGCAGGUACUCAUAACAGAAAGUGACAUCAUCACACAUGGCAUGUUGGGAUUUCCCUAACAAUACAUAUUUGUGUUUUUGUUUUUUUUGUUUUUCGUUUCCAUUGUGGUUCAGCAUUAGCUCUUUAUAAGGAUCCACUGUGUUGUACUUUUGUAUGAUGUGCUCGGAAAAUUUACAAGAUACUUAGGAGUGGAAAAUAUUGACAUCAUGGGAGAAAUAAUGCAAGAUGAAUGAUGGAGUGCGAGUGUUCUACAUAUGAAGAUCUGUUGUGUAGGAAGCCUUCGAUAUGACUGUGCCUCCAGCUUCGAUUUCACCCGUGAAUCAAACAUGUGGCCGUUACUACAGUUGAGAGGAUGACGGUUGUCACAUGGUGCAUUUCCUCUCAGUGGCACUCUAUCAAGUUUAGACCCCAUUUCCUCACCAGCCUUCCUCAGUCAAAGCAUCUGUCCCUCCAUCUACAACUGCCACACACGUGCCCACCUGCCUAAUUUGCCUCGCUGCUUACAAAGGUAAUAGGUGACCAUUCCACCCCAUCAUGAAGGGGAAUACCAGCAGGACGCAGCUCGAUAACGCCACCCUGACACUGUUUCGGGAUGUGAACACCAGCACUAUCAUAUCUGUUAUAUACGUGCUUGUCACCAUCAUCAACUGGGUGGGAAAUGGCCUAUCAAUGUGGCUCCUGCUGUUUCGUACCUCCCCAAAAACACCCUCCAUCAUAUUCAUGAUUAAUCUAACUCUCACCGACUUGGCUCUUGGCUCCGCCCUCCCCUUUCAAAUCGCCUACCAGCUCCAAGGAUACAACUGGAAAUUGGGGUCCAAUAUGUGCAGCUUCAUGACCCUCGUUUUCUACACCAACAUGUAUUGUUCUAUCCUGACGAUGAUGGCCAUCGGCAUUGACCGCUACCUGGGCAUCGUGAAGCCCAUGAGGUUCCGGAAGAACAAGAGGAGAAAAUCUAUUGCUGUCUUCAGCUGCCUUCUGAUGUGGGGUUUGGUCCUGGGUGUUUUGUACCCUCUUAUGACCACCGACCUGACCUUUGAGGUCCCGGAGCUCCAGAUCACCACAUGCUUUGACGUGCUGAAAAAAAGCAUGCUGCCGUCCGUGGGUGCCUGGGCUACUUUCCUGUUCAGCAUGGUGGUUUUUCUUUUCCUUUUUCCUUUCUGUGUCACAAUGUUCUGCUACAUUAGCGUCAUACACAAGCUGUCCAGUGAUUCCAAGACUGUCCAGAAAGGGAGAGCCAUACGUCUGGCUGUUGUCGUUCUGCUGGUCUUCGUGCUCUGCUUUGCUCCAAACAACAUCCUCUUAUUGGUUCACAGUGUCCUUAGACUCUUCUAUGACAAGUCUGUGUACAUGGCCUACAAGCUUUCUCUCUGUUUUAGCUGUCUGAAUAGCUGUUUGGAUCCUUUCAUUUAUUACUUUGCUUCAAAGGAUUUCAGGCAGAAGCUGAGAGAGAUAAUGAAUCUGCAGAGCGUGAGUAGUGCAGACUCUAUAAGGAUGGAGAACAAAGAGACUUUGUACUCUGGAUAAGCAGAUUUAGAAGGUGAAGAAACAUGUUCAGGUGCCUUUGCGAUGCCGUAACUACCCUAACAAUGUGAAAACUAAAGAAAGACUUGCGAAAGAAAACAAGUCACUAAAGGAAAGGAGGGGUUUUGGGAUCUUGCAACAUACGUUCUUGGUCCAUAUUGCAAAAUAUUCAUACAUCUAUUUCUUCCCUUAACAAUAGCUUUUAAGGUUUAAGCUGUUGGAUAGGGACUAAAAUGUUAUUGGUCCAAUCAUAGUUUUGGGUGUUUUCUCCAUUUUAAAUGUAAUCAAGUGGUUGGAAAAUUGCGGAGUGCCACAAGCAUGUAUGUUUGUCCCACAGUCAUUUAGCUUGUUCACCAAUCAUCAGAUCUUCCAUAGGUGUUGCAAAUUGUAACCUGAUAUCUGCAGAUGUUGCAAUAAUACACACUCAUAUGAAUUAGUGACUGUUAGUAUUGUUGCAUAAAACGGGCAGUUCCUCAGCUUACACAGACAGAAUGUAUUUUACAAAAAUCCUAUGAAAAAUCUAUCCAAAUAUCGGUAUAUAAAUUGGGCUGAACAAGUAUGGAUGUCAAAAAGUGUCUUAAGAAGUUAUAUGGUAGUACAAUGAAAUAAAAUGUAUCAAGCAUAAAGGUCAGAAAUUAGUUAUCUGUGUCCACUAAUCCUUACCCUGCUUACUGUAAACAAGCAACUUCAAACCCCGUAACAUCACUUUAUAGUCAAGCCUUCAUAAAACAAAUUCUUUUCACUGUUUUAUGAUUAUACUUUAUUAUAAGCAAACUCUGUACUCAGAUGGCUUGUUUUUAAAUUUGUUCAAAAAUACGUAUAAUGGAGUCAUACUGUAGGUUUUUGAACAACGUUCAGACAGUGAGAUCUUCAAAGUUUGCUGAGUGUAGAACCUUGUUAUUGAAUACAUACUAACUAAAAUAAGAUUUUGAACUUUUUACGUUACAAUAGGAUUUGCUGCUGUUUAAAUGAAAGAGUGAUAAACGUCAACCAACAGCAUGUGCUGAUAUUUAACAUCACAUUAUGGCUGUUAUUUUUGCAAAAAUAUGUAGCAUCCAGAAAUGUGGACUGUUGUAAAAAUGUACAUAUUAUGUUAGCCUAACAUCCCAAAUAAGUUUUAUCUUAAGGUUGUUGUUUUUUUUUAUCUGUUUAUAAAAAUGUCAGUGUUUUGUGGUGUAUAAAUGUAUGAAAUUGGCAAUG